AUGUCUUGCGGCUUCGUGGCGAAUGUCUCUUGCAUGAAGCAGAUCAAAAAUAUCUCCGACCUAGACAGAACAAAAAAAAAUUUAAACUACACACUUUUCCACAUGAUUCAACUCUUAAACUAA